AACAUACAUAAAGAGAGGGGAACACACAUUCACUCUCCCUCGCUCUUACCCACAUCCCUCCAUCCAUCCUUCCCAAAUCCACGCUUCCCACCAGAGCGAAAGCGCACGAUCCAAUACACUUCGCCAUGGAAGCAGCCGACGAAGAUCUUCAAGCCACCCCCUCCUCCACCGUCAUGGCCGCCCUCGCUACCCUCUCCCCGCCCCAGCUCUCCGCCCUCACCGACUCCGUCCUCGCCGACCUCCACCACCACCACCGCCGCGUCUCCGCCCUCCUCUCCUCCCCCUCCCUCUUCUCCCUCGCCCUCCGCCACCUCCUCUCCCUCCCGCUCCCCCUCAAGUCCCUCCUCGUCGCCCGCCACCUCCUCUCCUCCCUCCGCCUCCUCACCCGCCACCUCCCCCUCCCCGCCCUCUCCCCUCCCACGCGCCGCCCGAGCGCCGCCGCGACCGCGACGCGGCGACCCUCCUCCUCCUCCUCUGCGAGCUCCGCCACCGCGACCCCCGCGCCCUCGAGGACGCCGCCCCCUCCGAGUGGCGGUCCGUCCUCCGGCGGCACUGCUCCAAGGACCUCCUCUCGAUCGCCGGGAUCGGGGCCUUCAGCGGCGGGAUCCUGGUCCCCUACGUGGAGAUGGUGGUCCGGUGCCGGAACUUCGUCGGGGCGGUCGAGCGCUGCCUGGAAGCCGGGGAGGGGAGGCGCCAGGUGGCGGCGUCUCCGGCGGCGGUGGUGGCGCUGCCGUCGGUGGAGGCGGCGGGGGAGGGAGUGCGCGGUCUGCAGGGAGGAGAUGGAGGGCGGGCGGGACGUGUGCGAGCUGCCGUGCCGGCACUCGUUCCACUGGAUGUGCAUCCUGCCCUGGGUGAGGAAGACGAACACGUGCCCGUGCUGCCGGUUCGAGCUCCCCACGGACGACGUGUUCGGGGAGAUCCGACGGCUCUGGGGCGCCCUGGCGAAGAUCGGGAGUGGGUCCCACGACGCGGGGGGGUCCACGUGGUCGCGCGACGACUCCUGCUGCAACGGGUGUGCGUGAGGUAGUGGUCUCGUUUCUAGUACAAACGGGUCGGGUUUUAUCUCGUCGGAUCGAUUUGUGGUGGACAAGAGAUGCCUGUAGUUUGUGGUUAAGGUUUGUACAUAGUACGACGAAAAUUUGAUGACCGUUGAUUCAGGAAUAAGGUCCAAAUAAGCCAAGAGUGCGAGCAUAGAUAUUUCUUAAGGGAGCGAGGUCUACAAAAUCUUUCGGCCGAGGAGGAACUAAAUAAACCUCGGCCCGAUGCGCCGCCGACAGACAUUGAGCCAUACAUCAAGUAGCGACAUUGGGUUGACAUGUUUCCAUGGACCGUCGAAAAGGGCGACUUGAAUUGGGGUUAUUGAUUCGGGCCGGUAACACGGCACAAUCGGUGUGUGAAAUGCUAUUUUCUUGCUACGGAAAUAAUGUAAGUGGUAUUAUGCUGGAAUGGUAAUUGUAGCAGCUCCUGCUUGAUUUCUCUGGACUUUUCACUGCUUUUGGUGGAAUUAUUUUGUGUCUCCGGUGCACCCAAUAAGCUUCCAGACCACUAUAUAUGGUGGGUUUCAUCGGA